AUGAGUCAGUCCACGAUUCUAUCUGCCACGGACAGCGCUGAGGCGUCACAGCCUGAACUGGAGGCAUCAAGUGAUCAAGGCAUUUCAUUAUCGGAUUUGUCACCUCCGCCUGCUGCAAACGACGAGAGCGACGAGACUCCACUUGCGCUAGCAAAGAGAACAAUUAAAGACGACCAUCUCGUCCUAUUCAUGACAUGGAUAUCCGAGAAUAAAAUGGCUGUGUCAGGCUGGGUCGUAGCCCUGCUCAGCUUGGUCGUCACUAUUAUCGCGAUGGUGCCCGGCUUCAGAAGUGAAAGCAUGUCACAAAGAGCGCUUGAGUUGGCUGAGUGGACAGCAUUGAAAGACUUUAUUGAAAACUGCAAGCAGGAUCAUGUUGGUAACGGAUCUAUUCUUGUUCGAGAUAACGCUAACACACUAUUUAUCAGCAAGUUGGCCUGGCCUCGGUUGCUUGCCAAGCAGCUAUUACACAGUCACUUCCACCCCCGCCCCACGUGCGAAUAA